AUAAUCGAAUAACACUAAUCGAUAAAUUUCGGUUAAAUACGAACGUAUAUCAAUGCAAAAUACACCUUAACCUUGAUAAACAUAUUUGAAAAAGUAUUCAUUCCCUUGAAAUGUAUAACUACGCGAUAUUCUCGAUUUUAUCACAUGUUUUAAAAAACAUUAUGCCUCAGUAGAUGCUUGACUAUUGGAGAUAGCGCCUGGGCUCUCUAAAUUAUCAAGAAUUCGAGUGUAUAUAUUAAUUUAUGCCAGUUAGUAAUAUGUCAUGAUGGCGGUACUUUUAACUAGCAGUGUCUUCAAACCAUUCAGGUUCGUAAGUUAUAACCAUACAAGACCUAUCGUAUCCUCUGCAACCAAUAUGAGAUCGAUGAAAAGCGUCCUGGACAAAACAGGUAAAAAUGUAGUUUUAGUUGAUGGAGUAAGAACACCAUUCCUGCAAUCAGGGUCGGAAUACGCCAAAAUGAUGCCCCAUGAAAUAGCACGCCAUUCAUUGAUUGCCUUGAUGAGCAAAACGAAGAUACCCAAGGAGAUGGUGGAUUACAUAAUAUAUGGAACGGUACAACAAGAAGCGAUGACUCCAAACAUUGCUCGAGAGGUGGCCCUAGCAUCGGGUUUCUCGGAGCGAACUCCAGCUCACACAGUUUCUCAGUCCUGCCUGACUUCGAUCCAGGGUAUUACCACAGGAAUCGGCAUGAUAGCAGUAGGGGCCUUCGAUGUUAUCGUGGCUGGAGGAGUAGAGCUUAUGUCCGAUGUACCCAUCCGCCACUCCAGAAAGAUGAGGGCUCUCAUGCUCCAGACAGAACAAGCAAAGACCCCGCUGGAGAAGUUUCAGCUGUUCUCUUCUAUUGGUCCUGAUUACUUCAUUCCCGAGGUACCUCCCAAGACAGAGUUCUCAUCGGGAGAGGUGAUGGGACACGCCGCGGAUCGACUGGCCGCCGCCUUCAAGGUGAGCAGAGAGGAGCAGGACAACUACGCCCUUCGCUCUCACAACCUGGCCAACGACGCCUUCUUCAAGGGCUUCAUGACGGAUCUGGUGCCUAUAAAUAUUCCGGAAUGCGACAGGAUCAUCGAGAGGGACAACGGCGUGCGAGUAGCGACGCCUGAAACUUUCUCCAGGAUGAAACCUGCUUUCAUAGAACCUCACGGAACUGUCACAGAAGGGAACUCUUCGUUUAAAACUGAUGGAGCUUCCGCUUGUUUAAUAAUGACAGAGAAGAAGGCUAUGGAAAUGAACCUGAAGCCCAAGUGCUACUUGAGGGACUUUGUUUAUGUUUCGCAAGAUCCUAAAGACCAAUUACUACUCGGGCCGACUUAUGCGACGCCGGCAGCUCUAGAUAAAGCAGGGUUGGAAUUAUCAGACAUUGACGUUUGGGAGUUGCAUGAAGCCUUCGCAGGGCAGGUUCUUGCUAACUUGAGAGCGCUGGAUUCGGAUUGGUUCGCCAGGAACUACAUGGACAAGGGGUCGAAGGUGGGGGCCCCGAACAUGGACAAGGUGAACCGGUGGGGCGGGUCGCUGAGCAUCGGCCACCCCACGGCGGCGACGGGAGUGCGGCUCAUCAACCACGCCGCAAACCGGCUGAUCCGGGAGGACGGGACCUUCGGGCUGGUGGCGGCCUGCGCCUCGGGGGGCCAGGGCGUUGGUAUGAUCGUCGAGCGGCACCCGAACGCCCAAGCUGGCUAGGAGAGGUGUCUUACCAUUUCAGUUUGCAGAACUGUUUAUUUGUUUUAAUAAAUAUUAAUUGAAUUUUUCUGAUUAUUAUAUUUUUUUUAACCAACCUUGUAUUGUUUGAAUAGUAUCAAUAAAUAUUCUAGAAUGAA